AUGCCAUCGGAGACUAUUUGGUCCAGCACUUCCAGCGGUGGAAACUACCGCUCUAGAAUCGAUAUGAUCAACCCCGAGUUCUCCAAAAUGUUCUCAGAAGAUCCGUUCAGUGGUAAUAGUGAAGCUCAGGGUAGACGGUUUUCCUUCAAUGAUGGUAGCGAUAUCGAUGAUUCCAUUUUUGGUUUGAAACGAGGCUCUUUGUCUGCGGUAACAGCUCCCGCUGGUAACUCGAGAGACGUAAUGCCGUCAGGUCCCAGACCUCCGUUUGGGACAGCUUCCAUUAGCGGAGGUAUUGCCAAUAGGCACCCACCUCAAGAAAGCUUUUUGCAAAAAUUCUCGUCUGUUGCUGAUGCGACAAGAGAUAUCGAGUUAUCUAAUGGAUUGGGAUCAUUGGCACUUGGUUCUGAGUCUCGUAGAACCAGCUUCAAUAGUGCAGCAGAAAAGCCCAGUGGUAUUGGCUAUCUUUCUACUCCACAAGGAUCGAUGAAUGAGAAUUUGAAUUCACGUAAUUCUAGACAUCAGUCCAUCAGUGACAAGAUCGACAAAUACAACAGUACCUCUCCAAUCCAGGGUGCUGCUUCCCUUUCGAUCAAUUCAGACCUAAAUGGUGGAAGCAAUUCUCCCAAACACCAACCCAACGAACAGAAACAAGGGCAUAGUUUUUGGGACCCUGCUGGUGCAACAUCGUUCACCCCAAGCAAUGUUGGUCCUUUUGUUCCCAACAACUACAGCUACUUUAUGGCUGAUGGCGUUGGAAUGCCUUUGCCUCCUUUUAUGUACACGAGAGCCGCUAUGGAUGGUGCUCCUCCUGCUCCUUACAUGGUACCUUCACCUCCUCCAUUUAUGGAUUCUCAAUUCUACGGUAUGAUGAGACCACCUCAGGUACCCGUUGAUAAUGAAGAAGAUGACUCGUCGAAAGAAAAGAGUCAAGAGACUCCGUCUAAUGCUGAAGAUGAACCUUCUAUUAGAGGUUCUCAUGCUCCCGGAAUCGGCUUGAAUCGAGGCAUUCCCACGAGCUUUCCUUACCCUUUCCAUCCAUACCCGUACCAGGCUUCACCUCCUCCUUUCACUCCUUCAGAAGUCAACCAGAAAGUAGAGGAGCGUCCGGCAUCGACACCUUCUCAAUCUUCAGGGAAGAGAAAAGGAGGGACACGGAAUUUUUCUUCAGGUAAAGGCGGUAACCACAUUUAUAGGUCACCUCUUUUGGAAGAAGUUCGUUCCAAUUCCAAGGGCAAGGAAUACCAUUUAAAAGAUAUCUAUGGACAUGCGGUUGAGUUCACAAAGGAUCAGCAUGGUUCCAGGUUUAUUCAACAGAAGCUUCCAACUGCCUCGAACGAGGAAAAAGAGGUUAUUUUUAAUGAGAUUAGAGAGACAUCUUAUGAGUUGAUGACGGAUGUGUUUGGAAACUAUGUGAUACAGAAGUAUUUUGAGUAUGGUAACAACACUCAGAAACAGGUUCUUUUGAAGUUCAUGAUUGGUCACAUCUAUGAACUCUCACUCCAAAUGUAUGGGUGCCGAGUUGUGCAGCGUGCUUUGGAAGCAGUUGACUUGAAGGGCCAGAUUCUGAUCAUUGACGAAUUGAGGGAUCAUAUCCUUGUUUGCGCCAAAGAUCAGAACGGUAACCAUGUGAUUCAAAAGUCCAUUGAAAAAAUACCAUUCUCUGAAAUCACCUUCAUUAUGGAUUCGUUGGAAGAUCAGAUUUACCACUUGUCGACUCAUCCCUAUGGUUGCAGAGUUAUUCAGAGAUUAUUGGAGUAUGCAGAUCCUAAGCGACAGCAAGAGAUGCUAGAUGAAUUGAACCGUUUUAUCUUCUACUUGAUUCAAGAUCAGUAUGGUAACUAUGUGAUGCAGCACAUCCUUGAGCGUGGUAGCAGCAAGGACAGGGAAGCUAUUCUUGAAGUUGUAUUAGGAUCUGUGGUCAACUUCUCGAAGCACAAGUUUGCUUCAAAUGUUAUUGAAAAAUGUAUAAAGUUUGGCACCGUGAAGCAAAAGAGAAGAAUUCUUGAUGAGGUGAUGCUCGGUAACGAAGACCCUACAGUUGAAACCGUGAGCGAUGAAUCUCCCUUGGCAUUAAUGAUGAAAGAUCAGUAUGCCAAUUAUGUGAUACAAAAGCUUGUGGAGGGUUUUGACGCAAAGGGAGAAGAGAAGAGAAUGCUCGUCAUGAAAUUGAGACAAUACUUGAAGCAAAUUUCCUCCAAAAAUACUUAUGGCAAGCACCUCGCUUCCGUGGAGAAGAUGAUUGUAGUAGCCGAAACUGCUUUGAUAGAUGCCGAUAAUGAUCCUUGA